GCCGGACCUGCUGCAGUGUGCCACACACGUAAGGAAUUAAGUUUUUCUGUUUUUAUUUUAUUGUAAAAUGCCUAAAAAGAAAACGGGCCAGCGCAAGAAGGCCGAGAAGCAAAAGCUUCGGCUCAAAGAGAUUCGCAGCAGGGAAGUACCCUUAGCGGAUUUGCCCUGCAAUGCGCCCAUGGAAUGCGACAAGUGCGAGAAGAAACAGAAGUCUCGGGCAUUUUGCUACUUCUGCCAAAGUCUGCAAAGAUUGCCGAUUUGCGCCCAUUGUGGAAAGAUCAAGUGCAUGCUGAAGACGGGGGACUGUGUGGUGAAGCAUCCCGGAGUCUACACCACUGGACUGGGCAUGGUCGGAGCCAUCUGCGACUUCUGCGAGGCCUGGGUGUGCCACGGACGCAAGUGCCUCCAGAACCACGCCUGCACGUGUCCGCUGCAGAAUGCCGUCUGCCUGGAGUGCGAACGCGGUGUCUGGGAGCACGGCGGCCGCAUCUUCAAGUGCUCCUUCUGCAACGGAUUCCUGUGCGAGGAUGAUCAGUUCGAGCACCAGGCCAGCUGUCAGGUGCUGGAGUCGGAAAAUUACAAGUGCCAGUCGUGCAAUAAGCUGGGUCAGUACUCCUGCCUGCGCUGCAAGACCUGCUACUGCGAGGAUCAUGUGCGCCGAAAGGGAUUCAAGUACGACAAGAACAAGGCCAUUCCGUGCCCCAAGUGCAACUACGAUACGUCGGUGACCAAGGACCUCAGCAUGUCCACGCGUUCGCACAAGUUUGGGCGCCAACAACAGGGCGGCAACAGCGACGACGAGGAGGGCUACGGAGGCUACUACGGAGCCAGUGGCAGUGGAGGUGGCUACUAUGGUGGUGCAGCCAGUGGUGGCUACUCCUACGGAGAUGAUGAUGAUGAUGAGGAUGAAUCCGAUGAUGAUUACGAGGAUGAGAGCGAGGAAGAUGAUGAUGAUGAGGAGGAAGACGAGUCCACGGAAAGCGAGCCGGAGAAGGAAACCGACAAAAAGGCCACCAAAUAGGGCUGAAUUGUUUAUACAUAUAUACAUGGCCUUUUGUUAGAUCCACCAAGUGAGUGAGUUCUGGGCUGUGCACUCGUUGCUCUCAAUGUAAUAGUGAAAUAAAUUCUUUGUCAAAUUAUA